AUGGGUUCUUGCAAAGAACAAGAAAAAGAGCAAGCAAAGUGUGUGUGGGUUCAUGGACCUAUCAUUGUAGGAGCUGGACCCUCAGGUAUAGCCGUAGCUGCUUGUCUCUCUCAACAUGGAGUACCAAGUGUGAUUCUUGAGAGGAGUGACUGCAUAGCUUCUCUGUGGCAAAACAGAACUUAUGACCGUCUCAAACUACACCUUCCAAAAGAGUUUUGCGAGCUUCCAUUAAUGGGUUUCCCUCAAGGUUUCCCAAAGUACCCCACUAAGUACCAGUUCAUCUCAUACAUGGAGUCCUAUGCAUCACACUUCUCCAUUCAACCCAAGUUCAACCAAACUGUUCACAGUGCUGAGUUCGAUCCAAGUUCUGAAAUUUGGGUGGUUCGAACUCAAGAUUUUGAGUACAUUUCCCCGUGGCUUGUAGUUGCCACAGGUGAAAAUGCUGAGCCUGUUAUUCCUAGAAUUCCAGGGAUGGAUUUGUUUCAUGGUCCCAUUUCUCACACCAUUGUCUAUAAGUCUGGUUCUGACUACAAAAACCAAAAGGUUUUGGUGAUUGGUUGUGGCAAUUCCGGAAUGGAAGCAAGUUUGGACCUUUGUAGGCACAAUGCUGUCCCUCACAUGGUUGCGAGAAAUACAGUACAUGUUCUUCCUAGGGAUAUAUUUGGCUUCUCAACAUUUGGAAUAGCUAUGGCACUCAAUAAAUGGUUUCCACUAAAAUUAGUAGACAAGUUACUCUUGCUCGUUGCUAACUUUAUUUUGGGCAACACCAAUCACUAUGGCAUCAAGAGGCCCAAAACUGGUCCAAUCGAGCUCAAACUUGCAACUGGAAAAACCCCUGUCCUUGAUGUUGGUCAACUAGCACAAAUAAAAUCCGGUAACAUUAAGGUGAUGGGAGGGGUGAAGGAGAUAACAAGGAAUGGUGCAAAAUUUAUGGAUGGAAAAAAAGAGGAAUUUGAUGCUAUAAUAUUGGCAACAGGAUACAAGAGCAACGUGCCUUCUUGGCUCAAGAGCUGUGAAUUUUUCACCGAUGAUGGAAUGCCCAAAACGCCCUUUCCUGAUGGAUGGAAAGGAGAGCAUGGAUUGUAUACAGUGGGAUUCACAAGAAGAGGUCUUCAUGGAACGUCCUCUGAUGCUAUCAAAAUUGCUAAAGACAUAGCUGAACAGUGGAUAACUGUUAAGGACAAGAGUUACUGUGAUUCACAGAUCAUCCUACUCAAGAAUUCUUAG